AUGGGCGGGGCUCAAUCGUGGCUAUGCGGGACCAACUUGGGGCGAGAAGAUAACCUCUUGCAGUCCGUCCAUCGGCGCACGAAUGGGUUCACACACACCCGAGAGGUGCACACGGUCAGCUUGAGACCGGUGAUCGCAUCUGCACCGCAGAUGAUCAAGUUGCAGGGCCCGUCGUACAGUAGCGGCAGUCUGGACGCAAAGUACGAGAUGCUGGAUGAGAUUGGACAUGGAGGCACGUCGGUCGUGUACAAGUGUCGUGAACGGCGCUCGGGUGUCGUCCGAGCGUGCAAGAUCAUUGACCGACGCGUCGUUGAGAAAGAACACAAUGGCGCGAUGGAGCAACUGCAAGUGGAAAUUCAAGUCUUGCAGUCGCUGAGGCAUCCGAAUAUCAUUCAUAUCGAAGACGUGUACUUGUCGGGAUCGAAGAUCUGCAUGGUGACCGAGUACAUGGGCGGCGGUGAGCUGUUUGAUUACGUCGUCGAUAGGGGGACACUGUCCGAGGUGGAAGCAAGCACAAUCGUUCGACAGAUCACGUCGGCGGUCGCCUACUUGCACGCACGUGGAAUCAUACACCGUGACCUGAAACCAGAGAACGUUAUGCUGACGAGCAAAUCGCGCGGAGCAGAUGUAAAGAUCAUUGACUUCGGUCUAGCCAAGUUACUGGAUGCGGAUGGCGAGACAGCUUCGUUCCUGGGAACUAGGGGUUAUCUAGCGCCUGAGAUGCUGCAGCGUCAGGCGUACUCCAUGUCCGUGGACAUGUGGGCGCUGGGAAUCAUCGUUUACAUUUUGCUCUGUGGUUGCCUACCCUUCGAUGAUGAGAGCAGCAAAAUUGCCAACGACAAAGCAGCUCGGGCAAGGUUUGGUCUCCGCUUUCCUCGUUGGGCGAAUGGUUUAUCAGAGAGUGCAAAAGAUUUACUCCGACAACUGCUUGAGGUGAACUCAGCCAAUCGAUACUCGGCAGAGCAAACGCUAGCACAUCCGUGGGUCACGGGUGCUCGCACAUCCAACAAGUACUUGAAGUCGCCUAAUUACCUUCGCACGAUCAAACAGGAACAAGUUCGGGAGAAGAUGAACAGCCGCGCGAAUGGCAUGCCACUGCCGCAUGGCAAUGACAUGGAAGCGUGCCCCAGCAACAACCUAUCGAUCAGCGUCCGAAGACAGUCGCGCUGA